AUGCCCAAAACAACCCUCCACCUAGUCCGCCACGCCCAGGGCUACCACAACCUCUCAACCGCAAACCACACGCUCCCCGACCCCUCCCUCACCCCCCUCGGCGAGUCCCAAUGCGCAGACCUAGCAGCCUCUUUCCCGUACCACUCGCAGAUCACGCACCUCGUCGCCUCGCCCCUCCGGCGCACGCUGUACACCGCGCUGCUCUCCUUCCCUGACGCCGUCGCGGCUGGGAAAAAAGUGCUCGCGCUCCCCGAACUCCAGGAGACGUCUGGGUUGCCGUGUGAUACCGGGUCUGAGCCUGCGAAGCUUGAAGAGGAGUUUGGAGGGGAGGGGAAGGUGGAUUUAAGGUUGGUGGAGGAGGGAUGGAAUUCUAAGAGUGGGAGGUGGGAGGCGACGGCGUCUGCGAUUGAGAAGAGGGCCAGGGAGGCUAGAUUAUUUCUGCGGGACUUGGGGAAGGGGGAGGAUAACCAUAUUGUGGUGGUGACGCACGGUGGGUAUCUGCAUUAUUUCACGGAGGAUUGGGAUGGGAGUGAGCGGUUUACGGGCACGGGGUGGUCGAAUACCGAGUUCAGGUCUUAUGAGUUUCGAGAGGGGGACGAAGGUGCGGGGUUGAAAGAGACGAAGGAGAGUCGGGAGAGGAGGAAGGGAAGUGAGAAGGAGUUGAGUAGGGAUGAGCAGAGGGAACUGAGGGAUACGGCGGAGAGAGGGUGGAAGGCUAGUGGGUUUCAGGGAGGGGAGAAGUUGUAG